AUGACACAACACGGCGAAAGUGACCUUGCCGUUCUACUGGCGUCGAUGAGGCCUACGUUGGACCCUGAGACGUUUGUCUUCUUGACUACCACUCAGUCUAUUAGUACACUGCCUUUGGAAGCUCUCCAGCCACAAAUGCUCUUUCAAGAGGCAGAAGGACUCAGCAUCAUCACGUCACAGACAGCCGCAGAAGCACAUGGAUUUUUGGACCCAACUUUCCCCUGCAGAAAGAUCUCCCUCACCGUGCAUUCGAGUCUAGAAGCAGUCGGUCUUAUUGCUUCGAUCGCCACACGGUUUGCAGAAAACGGAAUCAGCUCGAAUGUGGUCAGCGGAUAUUUCCAUGAUCACAUCUUUGUUCCUGUUGGGAAGGAGGAAGCUGCAAUGAAGGUACUACAAGAAAUGAUGAAAGAAGCAAAGGAGAAAGUGAGAGCUUGA